AAAAGCAAUACACACGGCCCAACCAGCUCGAAGAACAGGUGGCUUUUUCUUUCGAACGCUUGUUUCUUUUCUUCUCCGAACAGAACCGAGAUCUCCGCUCGGAUUAUUCUUCCCCUUGGACUCCCGUCGCCCGAACUAGGAACCGCCGGUGCUUACAGUCAGCGUCCAUCGUCAAUCAUGAUUCACUUUGUGUGUCUUAUUAGUCGCCAAGGCAAAGUCCGGUUGACAAAAUGGUAUUCAACUUACACACAGAAAGAAAGAUCCAAGGCCAUCCGUGAGCUUAGUGGGGUGAUUCUAAGUCGAGGGCCCAAGCUCUGCAAUUUUGUUGACUGGAAAGGAUAUAAAGUUGUUUACAAAAGAUAUGCUAGCCUUUAUUUCUGCAUGUGCAUCGAUGACGAGGACAACGAGUUAGAGGCCCUUGAAGUUAUUCACCACUUCGUCGAGAUUUUGGACAGAUACUUUGGCAGUGUGAGUGAACUUGUAACUGUUAUUCUAACUUUUGUGUGUGGUGCAGAUAUGCUAGCCUCUAUAAUUGUGUUGAACUCUGCAGCAAUUGCUUUUUCAUUUAUCACUCGUGUUCUGCAGGUCUGUGAGCUGGAUUUGAUCUUUAACUUCCACAAGGCCUAUUACAUAUUGGACGAGCUUCUAAUCGCUGGCGAACUCCAGGAAUCAAGCAAGAAAACAGUCGCCAAGCUAAUCUCUGCACAGGACUCUCUGGUAGAGGUUGCGAAGGAGGAGGCAAGCUCCAUAAGCAACAUCAUUGCUCAGGCCACAAAGUAAGAGGCAUACUGAUGUGUCGUUUGUUUAAACUACUUUAAAGAAGUGGUUUGGUGUAAUUAGCUGAAUCCUAUACAUGCCCCUGUUUUUCGUGUUCUUUGACCAAACAUCUGUAGUACCUGCUGUGUAAAUCUGGUGCCUGCAUUUGAAGUACUGUUCCCCUUUAAUUUAGAGCUUCUUGUUUUACCUUGGACUUCAGUUUUCGACAAUCCAAAAGAGAAAAAAAAUGGUUGCUAUGGUGGUUCCCUCUCUUCAUGAUCAGUUCAAGCCUUCAAGGUUUAACCCAUUUCCUUGUUGGGAAAGAUAGUACCAUUUUGGUUGUGUAUCAAACACUACUGCAUAGUUAGCGAGUAAUGGUCGCUGAAAUUUUCUGCAUUUCUUUGGCAACCAUCUUGUGGUUCCGAAAGUAAAAAAAAAAAGAAAACAACUUUGUAAAUGGUCGCCAAAGGACUAUUUUCUGCCGCCGCUCCCACUGGUUGCAUUUGGUGAUUAUUUGGGAACAAAAUGGUCGCCGUGAAUUUCUGAGAGGUAUGAUACCCUGGUAUAGUAAAACCUUUAGCCACCACUUGUCUACUUUACUUUGCCA